CGAUGAUCAUUUUGUACAGCAUCACGGGCAUUAUCACCGCGCUGUUCUUGGCCAUCAUCAUCACAGGUGCGGUGCGUGCCCACCGGCAUCCGGAGCGGUAUGGGCCGCGAUAUACGGCGGGACGACCGCGACAAAGUCGAGCGCGAGGGAUAGCGCGCGCCAUGUUAGAUACGAUCCCGAUCGUCAAAUUCGGGGACACACACGAGGGGAAGCCGGAUGGCGCCAAGGGGGAUGUGGAAAUGGGCGCGGGGGAGGCGCCGCCCACCGAGGUGACGGAGGAUCGCGACGCCACGGCGGCGGCGGCGGACGUCACUUCCCCCCAGCCACCACCCGAAGCACCGCUCACGACGGAUUCCACCGCGGAGAAGCGAACCGAUGCCCCCGAGGCCGAGACGACAACGGACCACCCGAACUUUGCGUGUCCUAUUUGCACGGACGACUUUGUCAAGGGCCAGGAUCUGCGCGUGCUGCCCUGCAACCAUCAAUUUCAUCCGGAGUGCAUCGACCCUUGGUUGGUGAAUGUGUCGGGCACAUGUCCGCUUUGCCGGAUCGAUCUCAACCCCCCACAGCAAGAAGGCGAAGAGGAGCACGACCUGGGCGAGGGCCACCCGGAGAUGACGCCGGAGGGACCAGCCGAGCCAAGUGCGGAGAGUGGACACCCUCGUCACCGGCGCCUCAGCAACUACCUGCACGGCACGCUGAAUGCGCGGCGUAUGCGGGAUGCCAGCGUGGAGGAACGACUGGCGGCGCUGCGGAGCGUGCGGGAAGAAGCCAGCCGGGAGGAAGCGACCGACGAAGCGGACGAGCGACUCCGCCGUCGCAGUCGACUGACGACGCGACUGCGCGAGCGGUUCCGGGUGCGUACGCGGGCCCAUGGGGACGAGGCGGAAGCGUCAACGUCCGCCGCUCCGUCGGCAUGAGGUCAUUUCUCUUCUCUAUAUAUUCUUCUUCUUCUUCCGAUCUACGUGCAUGCGUGGGUACUGUGCUAUAUUGAACGAUGGGUAUAUAUGACGAUAUGCAUUGCCAGACUGGGCGCCGGCGGAGUGGACAGUCCCCUCCUGCUUUGCUUGGGAUUAUGAUUGAUGUGAUUUUACGAUGGGAUGUUGAUAGGCGAACUGGCGUUAGAUGCGAUGGGGGA